UGUUAGAGAAAAAGGGACAUGUUAGAGGCUGACAGGGCCGUACAACAGCACGUCUAGACAGGGUAACGGACACCCUUUCGGAGAUGGGCCACAUCGCCCUCAGAGGACGCAGACGCAUGUGAAGAGUGAAGCCACAGCCUGGGCUCGGUGUGGUGUCCGUGGACGCUCAUAUGCGGGAGUUAUUUAAUGUUUGAAAUGUGGGAGAUGGUGGCGUUACCGAGAGCGAGCUCUCCCUUCCUGUCGUCUAGGACAAGAUGGCAGCAAUGCAGGCGAACUGUGCAUGGUAUGGAUUUAUAAGUCCGUAACAUGUUCAGAGAAGCCCUGGAUCUCACUUAUAGUGACUCUACGUGAAGGUAUGGCCUCACAAGUCUUGGUCUACCCACCACACAUUUAUCAAACCCAGACAAGUGCCUUUAGCAGUGUGAAGAAACUCAAAGUUGAGCCCAGCAGCUGUGUGUACCAUGACAGUGCACACCCGCGGACUUAUCUGAACAGCAGAACCCUUGGCAUCGUGCACCCAACAAAACAAACCCACCCAUUUGUGAACCAAGACUUCGCAGUGGGUGUGAAAGUGCGUAGAGGACGAGAGUACCCUGUGCAGACGGUGGUGGUGCGUGGCGUACAAAGACAACAGCCUAGUAAAAGAGGAGGAGGAGGAGGACCAGGCCCAGCUGCAGCCCAGCAACGGCUGGACGCAAGGGUUGUCCGCUUCCAGGGCAAGGAGCAGCAGCAGACAGACGUAGCAAGUGGGGGCAGCAGUGGAGCAACAGGGGCAGGAGGAGGGGGACGGGGAGAGGGCUGCAGUGGAGGAGGCAAGGGAGGUGGGGAGGAGGAGAGUGACGGAGAAGAGAACUGUGGAGCUUUGAACUCAGCUGACAGCUCUCAGCGAUGUGGGCUGAAACGUAAAAGUGAGGAGCUGGAUAAUCGAGGGAGCACCAUGCAGAUUGUGGAGGAACUGUCAAUGUUGCCUGCCAUGUUGCAAACGACCAAUGUGGGGAACACAGCCGUGACUGCGCCUGCGGCUGUGGGGGCUGGAGGGGGCCCCUCCAAACAGGGCACAGGCCCUGGGGGUGUAGGUGCAGCAGGAGGCACAGGAGGAGGGGAUGGGGACUAUCAGGUAGUACCGCAUGAAGUCCUUUGUUCUAUAAAGAAUACUUAUGAGGUGCUGGAUUUUUUGGGACGUGGCACAUUUGGACAGGUUGUAAAGUGCUGGAAACGGGGCACAGGGGAGGUUGUGGCUGUGAAGAUCCUGAAAAACCAUCCUUCAUACGCACGGCAGGGUCAAAUCGAAGUCGGCAUCCUUGCUCGUCUGAGUGGGGAGAAUGCAGAUGAGCACAACCUGGUGCGAGCCUUUGAAUGCUUCCAGCACCGCAGUCACACCUGCCUGGUGUUUGAGAUGCUUGAGCAGAACUUGUACGAUUUCCUGAAACAGAAUAAGUUCAGCCCCCUGUCCCUGAAAGUCAUCAGACCCGUGCUACAGCAGGUGGCGACAGCUCUGAGAAAGCUGAAGAGUAUGGGUCUAAUUCAUGCAGACCUCAAGCCAGAGAACAUAAUGCUGGUGGACCCAGUGAGGCAACCCUACAGGGUGAAGGUGAUCGAUUUUGGCUCUGCCAGUCACGUGUCCAAAGCGGUGUGCUCCACUUACCUCCAGUCUCGGUACUAUAGGGCUCCAGAGAUUAUUUUGGGAUUGCCGUUUUGUGAAGCCAUAGACAUGUGGUCCCUAGGCUGUGUGAUUGCAGAACUUUUUCUGGGCUGGCCCCUAUACCCUGGGGCUCUGGAGUAUGACCAGAUUCGCUACAUCUCUCAGACACAAGGUUCGCCAGGAGAACAUUUACUGAAUGCGGCGACAAAGACGGCACGGUUCUUCUGCAGAGAGUCUGAUUCGCCUUACGCAGCAUGGAGAAUAAAGUCGACAGAGGAGCACGAGGCAGAGACAGGAAUGAAAUCAAAGGAAGCCAGGAAGUACAUCUUCAGCUGCUUGGAUGACGUAGCGCACGUGAAUUUGGUAAUGAAUCUGGAAGGUAGUGACUUGCUAGCAGAGAAGGCAGACCGCAGGGAGUUUGUGGGCCUGUUGAAGAGGAUGCUGUUGAUUGAUGCGGAGGAGAGGAUUGCACCCGCCGAUGCGCUCAGCCACCCCUUUGUGACAAUGCAACAUCUUCUCGACUUCCCACACAGCAACCAUGUGAAGUCAUGUUUCCACAUCAUGGAUGUGUGCUGGACUCGUCCCAGUGCAUACGAGGCGGCCAACAGAAAUAAAGGCCCUUUUGUCAGACCUGUGACUUCAAAUGCUGCUGCCUCGGUCAACCAUCCCUUCAGCAAGAUGAGCGGAGUCCACGCUCAAGGUUUAGCCCCGCCAGCCCAGUCAGUGAUGCACCCGGGGAUAACACUGCAGACAGGAAAUGGUCAGUUUGGAUGCAAUGACUCAUUUCAACAAGCACUCAUUCUGUGUCCCCCAUCCCUUCAAGGAAUCCCCACCAACACAGCGAAACCAGCUGGCUACUCUGUUCGAAUGGAGACCUCUGUGCCUCUGGUCACUCAAGCACCGCCCAUCCAACCCAUACAAAUCAGACCUGGUGUCAUCACACAGGCCUGGUCCAACCGUGCUCAGCAGAUACUGGUGCCCACUUGGCAGCAGGUGACAUCAGUGCCACCACCACCAACCACGUUGGCGUCUGACACAGUGACGGGCUCACAGAGAUUGGGUGACUGGGGGAAAGUACGUCCCCAUGGUAACCAUUACAGCUCCAUGAUUGCACACCCUCAGCCAUUCUUAACCAACCAAAUGACCAUGUCCACCCACCAGCCGAUCAACAUAGGCAUUGCACAUGUGGUGUGGCCGCAGCCAACUGCCAACAAGAGAGCCAAGCCUUGUGUGAACAGGGGCAGCAACUUCUCCCAAAACACAAACAUCCAAAAUUUAACAUGCCAGUCCCCAAAGAUGGCUGAUACAGCAAAGAAUGUGGAGGUAGAGGAGGAGAAAGCCAGAUGCCCAGAUGAAGGGCGUGCUGUUGGAGUGGAGCAAGGAACAGAGCAUGUGGAUGAGGACGACGAGAACUGCUGUAAAGUUGAACCAGACUGUGAGGAGAUUUCCGUUUCGCAGGAGCAGCGGCAAGCCAUGGUGAUCUCUGAACUUGCCAGCCCGACUGUUAGUGUCAUCAGUAUCAGCAGUGAUGAGGAGGAGAGUGCACAAAGACACUCGAUGGGAGAAUGUAAGGGUAGUGCAGAUUGUGAGGCGUGUCAGAGCACUGUCAGUAUGGAGAGAGUCUGCUCCCUCAGCAGUCCAGACAGCACGCUCAGCACCAGCUCUUCUGCCUCAGCUCAGUCCAGCGCCUCACCUUGCAAACACCCCAACAGCAUGUCAGACGAUGAACAGGAGAGCGGUUGUGACACCGUGGACAGCUCGCCUGCCUCAAACGCCUCUGGCCAUAGCAACAGUCCCUUCUCAGAGCGACGCUACAUUGCUGACAACAACCAGAAUUGUGAGCCCCGUGUUGCAUGCGUUGCCCCGGAGACUGAGCCUGGCAAGCCGACAGUCCGCACCGUUGUGGUGCCACCGAUGAGGGUGCAGAACAACAUCAACAACGUUGCUGUCAUCGAAAUGCCUGGCAACACAGUCUUGGAAUCGUCAUGCCAGUUCAGAGGGCGAGGCAUUCCUGGGCGACAACAUCACCACUCCACCCCCCUCCUCAACCGACCGCAGAAGAUCAACCCUGCAUUCCAGCCCCAGCAACAUCCGCCUUUAGGGUUUGGGCAGGUGCAACAUUUCAGUUCCUGCCAUCAGGAAUGGAAUGGCAAUUUUGCCCAUCGGAGGCCACAGGCCUACAUCCCUCCCACCAUGCAUGGGCACACAUUCACCCUGUCCCACAGCAGCCCAAACCACACUACGGGCCCCCAUCCUCAUCUUGGGGGCCACCCGCACUCCCAGCACACCUUACUGUCCUAUCCCCCGUCUGGUCCUCUGGUCACAGCUGCGCCCAUGGCCCACCUCCUGGCUUCGCCGGGGUCCUCUCGCCCCGUCCUUCAGCCCACCUACGGCAUCUCCCACCCGGCAGGCAUCGUGCAUCAGGUUACAGUGGGCAUCAACCCUCGGCUGCUAUCCUCCCCCACCUUGCACCACCAGGGCCCAUUCAAGCCCCUCUUUCCCCCGCACUCCUACAUCGCCUCGCCUGCCUACGCCGGUUUCCCGCUCAGCCCCACCAAAAUAAACCAGUACCCUUACAUCUGAGCGUGUAUGCCCAGGUUCCCUUCAUAUCACCCGAGGGCUAAGUUAGCAGGGGCGAAUCCUAUCUCAAACCACACAAACCGCAUGGUUUUCAUUUUCCAAAAACCAUGGCACAACCACAGAGGAAAAAAAAAAAAAGAGCAAGCUAUUUUUUGAAUCAUGUAGACUUGGGUGUAAUUGAACUUCAAGCUUUAAAAAUAAGAGUUCACAUAGUGGAGAUGAUUUGGGCAAGAAAGAAAAAAAGAAAAAAAGGAAAAAGAAGGAAAUAAUGUAUGAGUGAUUGAAUGGAAGGAUGAAUGGUAGUUAAACUCACACUUAAUGUGUUUUGCACAUUUGAUAUAUCUUUGCAUUGGAUCUUCUACAAAUACUCCUCAAAACAGGUAAAUAAUUGGGGUGGUGUUGAAUAGUUAGACUUUGCACCCCGUGACCCAGCUAUUUUUCUAUAUUGCCUUCUUACAUGUGCAAGACACAUCCAUAUUUGUAAAGCCAUCCCAGUCGCUAGCUCUAGAUCGACAGAUGCACACAUGUCCACGUAUGUGUAUGUUGUACUGCGUUUGAAGUAUUUGUACCUUUUUCGGUGUCCUUUUCGGUGUGUUUUAGCAAUGUCAAGUGAAGUUAAACCGAUUUAAAUCGGGUUCGUUCCUCACGCUGCAUGUGGUCUUGCAUGAGCAAAAAAAAAAAGAAACAAAAAAAAGAAAAUGUACACGGAAAGAUGCAUCAACGUUGCUCUUAUUGUUUGUGUCACAAGACUCGCUGCAUUGUAUAACUGUCCCCCCACCCAGCCAUAGUGCCUUACAUAUUUGAGGUUGUUAAUGUUACUACUUAUAUAUGACUAUAUACAUGACUAUUAAUGUACUGGACUGCAGCACUUGAAGUUCCAAUCGGUCGAUGCAUUCUAUGUGUGAGUAUAUAUAUGCACACGUGUAUAUGUUCCAUGCAUAGCCUGCAUGGAUGUGAUGUAUCGCGGAUAGCGGUGCUUAAUCUUUUCCGAGUCGGUGUAUAUUUCGGUGUGUAGUGAGUAAACUCCUCUGUUCUCCCUCAAGAAGAACAGCAUGCUUUGCUGUCGCGAAUGCUUGCUGUGUCAUUUUACAAAAAGAAAAGUCGUUUUCCUUUUAUCUCCCCCCCAACCUUCUCCCCCGAAUGAACUAGUGUACAAAGUGCAAGUACUGAGUAUUGCUUAAUAUUUGAUAAUCACUUUCUAUUUAGUGAAACUCUUACUACUACUAACAGUAUUUGUACUGUUUUAUGAAACUGCAAUACAAUCUAAAUAGUCAUUAAUUAUUAUUAUUAUUAUGAUUUUCUUUUUCUUUUCUCGUCUUUGUAAUUUCAUUUUUUUGAGUGUUUUCACUUUGUUUCUUAGGUGUUUUUUAGAAGUGUGGUGGGCAUGGCUUUGAUUAGGAAAGAGUGGGAGGGGCGAGGGGUGGGGCCUAAAAAAAUGCAAAAGUUAUGGUAUGGAAUUGUUUUUCUAAGCCUGAGCAAACCAUGCAGUAUUUGAUAUACACACAUUAUAUGGACAUAUAUUAUAGAGGUAGACUAUUUAGUACAGAUGCUUGAUAAGGUGUGAGUUAAUUGUGUGCAAUUCUCUCAUUUAUGCAUGUGUGACAAAGUUAACUUUUUCCCUUUACAUUAUACCAUUUGUUAAAGGCUUAAGACUUAUCGGUGUCGACUGCUUAUUUUAUACAUUCCGUCAGGGAGGAUAUAUAGACGUAUAUAUGUGUGUGUGUGUUUAUAUAUAUAUAUAUAUACGUAUAUAUAUUCUGUGUGUGCAUUUUGUGUUCAUUUGACUAUAGUUCCGUGUGUUUUCAGUUUUCGUGUGCGUGUUUUUGAUUUUUCAAAUGAAGUUGCUUGUGCAGCACCAAAGACUGUAAUUCAUUUCCUGAGCAAGGUAGCUAUUAUUCUGUUUGCAUAGACCUCAGUUAUACUGUUAGUGAUAGAGAAUGGGGUUAUAUAAAUUAAAAACAAAGCAACAGCAAAAAUGUAUUUGUAUUUAAAAAAAAAAAAAAAAAAAACGAAAAAAAAAGGCUGAGGUUUUUUUUGUCUAGUUUGUCGGGCAAUUAAUAAAAAGUCGUACCAUUUCUUUCUUGAAUGUAUCAUAGAUAAGCUGCUAUAUGAUGAUUGCCACUUCAAUAGCUGUGAAAUUAGGCGAUUUCUCUUGAGUUUCGACUUUAGUGUUGCGAUCUUUGUGUAGGUCCCUAAUUAUCUGAAAUAGAAGUGGUUUUUUGAUUUGUUUGUGUUUUGCGUUUUAAAACUUUUUCGGAGUGUCAUUGUAACUACUGUAUUGCUGACGAUGAACUUUAGUUGCAUUUGUUGUUUCUCGGGGUGUGUGUGUGUGUGUGUGUGUGUGUGUGUUCUUUUUGUUGUUUCUGCAUCAGUAUUUUAUCCUUAUUAACCUUUUGGGCUCAUCACUGCAUAAUAAUGAUGUAUCGAUGUAACUUAAUUUUUGUUUUUUUUUGUAAGUAUGUAUGUUUUCAUAUUGAUGUUUUGUAUACAUCUAAAGCUGUAGCUUGCAGGAUUGAUUUAACUUUUUCCUCGUACGUUAUACAACGCACCACCAGUACGUACUCUUUAUUUCAUGUGUUGUUAGGAGCACUGUGAGAUGCCUGAAGAAAAAAAAAAAGAAAGAAAAGAAUUGUAUUCAUUUGAAAACGUUGUCUGUAACGUUUUCACCAAUCGCACAUUAGCGCACUCGCCACUAAGCACCUCAUACAGGAAGUUAGGCUUAUUAAAGGGGUUUUGGCUCAUUAUUAGACUGUACGUCCAAAUAUAAAUUAAGCCCAAAUAGUUCUGUUUAAUUGAUACUUUCUUUUGUUCAAUGUUAUAUCCGGCUACAAUUUGAGUUUCCACAGUUUCUCACGCUAAACUGCCUUGUGUAUCGGAUCGCUCUCCCCUUUACGAGUGUCUCAUAUCGAAAACCGUUUGUCGCGAUGCAAAGUUUCUUACCGAAGUGAAGACAGUGUGAGCAGCACUGUGUUGUACGUGCCUUGAGAUUUCAGAAAGUGAGGAUUGGAGACGGGGUGACCGUUUUAAUUGGAGGAGGAUAGGCAUAGAGUCCGAUUACAGUCCGUUAUCGUGUCCUAGAAACACCCACUCAACUUAGAAUUGAACAACACACACAGAUAUAGAAACACGGCUCGUAUACACGAUGGACACACACAUACACACAAACUGAUGAUACGACACUCACUGAUCUUUGGAUAGUCAAGUCUGGCUGAACAGAUGCAAUACUUUACAUUGUGCGGUCAUUGCACCACCAAGUGUUCUUAGAUGAUCUCCACGCUUUUACGUUCAACUUGCAUGUUCACACGUUCACAGGCUCGUGGGCAGGUUUUCCAUUUUGUGCUGUUCAGAGUUUGAGCAGGAGUAACCGGAGCACAGUUGACAACACUGGCUUUUUCUUUUUUUUAACAAACACAAACAAACAAACACAAACAGAGGAGCCAUGUUUUAUACCAGUGGGUGUUGAUCUGUUUUGCAUGCUCGCUGCUCUGUCCAGGGGAUUAUCGUGGUUUCUCCGCACAGGUCAGUCACGAGUGCAAAAAACCACCACCACCACAUUUAAACACUGACAUUGAUUAAAUUAUUGACAUGUUUUUUUUAUUCGAUCGCUUUGUUCUCACCUGUAUGCUUUACCGAUCGUACUCGAGUAUGAGUUGGGAAGAGGAAGCUUAUGAUGACAAGGCAUGAACUUGGCAGAUUAGUGCUUGAACUAGUUCCCCCAGUAAUAAGCAUGUGAAAUGUAAUCUGUGUUUGGAUUCCUCCAAAGGUAUUCACCAGCAAUGCGCCUGCAUAAACUCUCCAAUUGCUUGUUAUAGAGAAAAAAAAAGAAUGGAUGCAAGAAAAGAGAUAUCUUUAAACUGUUUUUCAUUUAGUUUCUAAGGAUCCGUGUAACAUUUAACAGGUAAAAACGGUCAUUUUGUCAAAUGAUUACGAUUAAAGUUAUGAUUUUGUUAGAGAAAAGAGAUUAAAAAAAAUCCUCUGCUGCGGUAUUAUCCUUUUAGAGAUGUUAAUUCAGGGUCUGUAUUAUUCUACACGUGCUACUGUGUACUGCUCUUUGUUUUUUGGAUUAGAUGAGGUUUGUUUUUCGCUCGAGCGCUUGCUUUCGGUUCUGCGGUCAUCUUUAUCAAUUUCCGAGUUAAUUCACACUGCAAGUUAUGGAAUCGUCCCGUUGAGAUUGCUCAUCAAAUAGACUUGAUCAUGAAAUCUGAACUGUUACUGUUUUAAUACCUGUAGAUUUUGUGGCUUUUGUUUUGUUUUGUUAACUUUUUUUUUGCUUUUUUUAUUUUGUGCUACACUAGUUUGCCAUGUAGCAAUUGCACUGUGCAAUAUUUACAGUAUGAGGACUGGGAAAACUAACUCUAUGGAUGUGAUGUCUCUUUACAGUUUGCGAUAGUGUUUCCUCUCUAGUUCUCAGUGAUUUAGGUGUGACCAAGCCUUCUCUACUUUGUCACAUUAAGCGGGUUUUCCAGGUGACUCUUUUGGUGAGUGUCAAAAUAAGACUUUAUGGUGUAUUAUUGUUAAGAUUCACUUUGAAUUAAAAAAAAAUCUAUUGAUGCAA